AUGAGCUCACUCCUGAUCCUGGUUCUUGUGGCAGCUGCUGCUGCUUUUCCUCUUGAUGAUGAUGACAAGAUCGUCGGAGGCUACACCUGUGCAAAGAAUUCCGUCCCCUACCAGGUGUCCCUGAACUCUGGUGCCCACGUCUGCGGUGGCUCCCUCAUCAAUGACCAGUGGGUGGUGUCUGCAGCCCACUGCUACAAUCCCCACCUGCAGCGCUUCAUCCAAGUGAGGCUGGGAGAGCAUAACAUCAGAGCCUUGGAGGGAGAUGAGCAGUUCAUCGAUGCUGCCAAGAUUAUCAUUCACCCUCAGUAUAACAGCACAACCGCGGUCAACGACAUCCUGUUGAUCAAGCUCUCCUCACCUGCCUCCCUCAACUCCCGUGUGGCCACCGUGUCUCUGCCAACCUCGUGUGCGCCUGUUGGCACCCAGUGCCUCAUCUCCGGCUGGGGCAACGUUCUGAGCUUUGGUGUCUACAAUCCAGACCUGCUGCAGUGUGUGGAAGUUCCUAUCCUAAAUCAGGCUGAUUGUGAAGCAUCCUACCCUGGAGAAAUCACCAAGGACAUGGUCUGUGCUGGCUUCCUCGAGGGAGGCAAGGAUGCCUGCCAGGGAGAUUCUGGUGGCCCUAUGGUGUGCAAUGGAGAGCUCCAGGGAAUUGUCUCUUGGGGACUUGGCUGUGCCUGGGAAGGAUUCCCUGGGGUGUACACAAGAGUGUGCAAGUAUGUGGACUGGAUUCAGGACACCAUCGCUGCCAACUGAGCACCCUCAGUCCCUCUCAAUCAA